AUGGCGCCUGCAAAGGGAGACAAUAAUGUUGCAGUAGUGCCAAGUAUGAACUUGGAGAGAUUGCUUAGCAUGAAAGGUGGCAAAGGAGAAGCUAGCUAUGCCAACAAUUCUCAAGCUCAGGCCAUACAUGCUAGGUCUGUGCUUCAUCUUCUCAAAGAAACCCUAGACACAGUUGAGCUUGAAGAUAACCCUAAUAUUCCGUUUACAGUUGUGGAUUUGGGAUGUUCAUGUGGAAGGAACACCAUUGAUACGGUGGACAUUAUCAUCAAGCACUUCAUCAAGCGGUACCAGGACUUAGGGUUUGUGCCACCUGAGUUUUCUGCUUUCUUCUCUGAUCUUCCAAGCAAUGAUUUCAAUACCCUCUUCCAGUUGUUUCCUCCUUUGUUGAUCAACUAUGGCGGCGGCGUUGGCAGUGAAGAGUGCCUUGUCGCCGACAACCACCGCACUUACUUUGUUGCCGGAGUCCCCGGCUCAUUUUACCGGAGGCUUUUCCCGGCAAGGUCCAUCAAUUUCUUUCAUUCAGCAUUUUCACUACAUUGGAUAUCUCAGAUACCAGAGAGUGUGAUGGAGAAGAGAGGAAGAGAAUAUAACAAAGGAAAAGUGUUCAUACAUGGAGCCACUGAGAGCACUGCCAACGCAUACAAGAAACAGUUUCAGUCCGACUUUGCUGCCUUUCUCAAAUGCCGCUCCGUUGAGAUCAAGAAAGGCGGGUCCGUGUUCUUGGUCUUCUUGGGUCGGACCUCACCCGACCCCACUGACCAGGGUGGACCCGGCCUCCUCUUUGGAACCCACUUUCAGGACGCCUGGGAAGAUCUUGUUCAAGAGGGAUUAAUCAGUAGUGAAAAACGAGACGACUUCAAUAUUCCUCUGUACGCAUCGAGCUUACAAGACUUGAAGGAGGUGAUUGAAGCCGACGGCUCAUUUGUGAUCAACAAGCUUGAGCUGUUUAAAGGAGGAAGCCCUCUUGUGGUGAGCCGCCCUGACGACGAAGCCGAAGUUGGCCGAGCCUUAGCCAACAGCUGCCGUACUGUGUCCGGCGUCCUUGUGGAGGCUCACAUCGGCGAGCACCUCAGCAACGAGCUGUUCUCCAGGGUGGCGCUCCGAGCCACGAGGCAGGGCAAACGGCUCUUGGACCAAAUUCAGUUCUUUCAUAUUGUAGCGUCCCUUUCCCUCGCUUAA